AUGGAAAAUUAUUUUUCCAUAUACGGCUCGUCGUAUUGCGCGGUUGAAGACCAUAGCGACAAAUUGGAGCACUUGAUCAUCGAAGCCCAUAAUGCCAUUCGAAAAGAUCAUAACAGUCCGAAGUUGACUAAACUUACUGACAAUGCUUAUACCAGAAACCGAUGCAAACAGAAAGUGGGAAAACCCCUCUCUUUCACACCCGAACCAACGAAACCCGAAUACGGAGAGAAUGUGUAUCGUAUGAAUGGCAACAAUAUGAAGUAUGAGAAAGUGGCAACUCUCGUAUCUUUAGCAUGGGCCAAAAAUACAAAAGAUUAUGUAUUCACAAACGGCAAUCCGGAUGCAAAAUGGCUUAGUUUUACUCAAUUGGUGUGGAAGAAGACAACACAAAUAGCGUGUGCUAUAUGUGGUGAUACCGUCGAGAAGAAAGUGCAGGUUAACGUUGUUUGCAACUAUUUGCCCGCCGGCAAUGUGAAGGGCGAGUAUACAGACAAUGUUAAGGCAGCGCUGGGAAGAAGUUCUGCACGCGAUCUGAUCGAUACGACUGGUCUGGACCUGUUGGAGGAAGAGGGCGAAGGACUUGGCUUUCAACCCAAACAACACACCGAAGAGGACUAUUCAUGGACUAUUCAUGAGUCCCCCCUAUACGUGUCGUUGUAUUUUGCCUUUGAAGACCAUAGCGACGAAUUGGAGGGCAUUAUUCUCGACGCCCACAAUAAACUUCGCAAACCUCAUAAGAGUGAGGAUUUGAAGAAACUUACUGACAAAAAUGCUAAGACAUAUGUUCGCGAGCGAUGCAAGAAGAAAGUGGGACAACCACUCUCUUUCACACCUCCCGGAACGGACGACAAAUACGGGGAGAAUGUGUAUCGCAUGAAUGGCAAAAACUUGAAAUAUGAGACAGUGGCAAAAGUGGUAUCUGCAGCAUGGCUAGUCUACAUGAGGAGCAAGGUGAUGUCUCGGGCCAAAAGUGCAAAAGAUUAUCCGUGGAAAUCGCCUGAUAACCCUGGUACUCAAUUUCUGAGUUUUACUCAAUUGUUGUGGAAGAAGACAACACAUAUGACGUGUGCCGUAUGCGGUCAGAAAGACCCCAAGACCAAAGAUAAAGUGGAGGUUAACGUUGUUUGUAUCUAUUCGCCCGCCGGCAAUGUGAAGGGCGAAUAUAAAAGCAAUGUUGUGCAGGGCAUCGCUGGCAUGGCACGAGGCAUCCAAGAAGUGUGGACCGCUCAAGAGCUCUACGUUCUUGACAAAGGAGAAGGUGCAUUUACUCCUAAAGAAGACCACAAACCCAAGACUAAGCCAAAAAAACAGCCAAAACCUGUUAUGCUCAAAACACAACUUAUUGAACACAACAAUAUUACAGAACCUAUUGAACAGAACAAUAAUACAGAACUUAUUGAACACAACAAUAAUACAGAACUUAUUGAACACAACAAUAUUACAGAACCUAUUGAACAGAACAAUACAGAACUUGUUGUUUAA